AUGGAAAUGCUGAGAACUUUAAGUACGAGGGCAAGAAGCCGUCGCAGUGGAUACGAGCGGGUAAGCGAUGACUCAGCGUUUAGUUUACUCGGAGCAAAGCUAAAGAGCUCAACGAGCGUUCCGUACUACGCACCGUCGAUAAUACUUGGUGGAGGAGGUCCGGCGAUUUUGGAAGCGCUUCCACGCCAGAAGUCAAAGAAGACCGCGACGACCGGAAAGUUUAGCCAUCCAAUAUUUAGUUUAUUCGACGGCCGCCACCGCAGCAACAAGAAAAAAGCAACGGCGAAACCGGAGUUUUCGAGAUAUGCUGAGUACCUUAGAGAAGGUGGUAUGUGGGACUCAAGAUCUAAUAUUCCUAUUAUCUACUUCAAGUAG